UGUGCCCUGGGAAGACAGGGAUGGGGGAGGCAGUAUAUCAAGAAAGGGAACCAGCCUGGGAAGGAGGAAGACCUCUGGUACAAGACCAAGAUGACCACAGUGGCCCCAUUGGGAGGUUCCACCUUCCCAGGAAAUGAGACUGCGAUGUCCACAGAAGACUUCCUCUAUAAGAGUUCAGGAGCCAUCGUAGCGGCCAUCGUGGUCGGUGUCAUUCUCAUCUUCACCGUGGUGCUCAUCUUGCUAAAAAUGUACAACAGAAAAAUGAGAAUGAGACGGGAAUUGGAACCCAAGAGCCCCAAGCCUGCCUCCCCAGCAUCUUCCGCAGGCCAGCCCAGCAACAACCUCGGCAGCCAGCCCACCACUGUCACAUUCAUUCCUGUCGACAUCCACAUGGAGAACCGAUGACCGAAGAAGCUCCCUCCGGGAUCCUCAGCCAGAUCUCCUGCUCCAUUCAGAUGGGCCUGGCUGAGAAGAAGGAAAAUGAAGAGCCAGAUUCCUGGCAGAGUCUAUGUCAAACUGAUGAUGGCAUUUCUGUAUGGGAUUGGAGCUGGGGACAAGCCCUAACAAUCUCUUUUUCCCCCUAGUUAAAAACCUAAGUAACUCUCUUGGGUCCCCUAACAUUGACACAGUGGCAAACUAUGUCAGAUAUGUAUUAACAUUUAUGUUCUCCUUUCUCCCCGAUCCCUGUAGCUGCUUCAAAGGGAUAAUGAAUAUUAGAAGGCUGGUGGCAGAAGGGACUUUAGAAUAUACGGUGAUAGAAUGUAGAAUAUCUAAUCCAUCUUCUUGGAUAAUAGAUCAUCAGAACUGAAAAAAGCAUUUGAACAUAGAAUAUCCAAUCUGGAAGACCUUUUGGAACAGAGAAGUCAGAGCUGGGCAGGGAGGGGACCUUAGAAAACCAUCUCAGAGCUGGAAGAGAACUUAAAAUGGAGAAUUUUAGAAAAAUAACAGAACUGAAUGGAACCUGGUAGACCAGCGAGCCCAACCUUCUCAUUUUUGUAGCAGAGGGCUGUGGGAUCAUAGACCCAUAGAGACAGGAAAGACUUCAGUGGGCUUUCUACUCUAUCCAUCUCUUUUUACAGAUGAGGAAACUGAGGUGGAGGGAGAUUAAAUGACUUGUCUCACAGGAAAAUUCAGUCUAGAGAAGGCCACAUGAUGAGUCUGAGUUUCUGGCUGAGCCAAGACAAGAACACUUAAAUUAUUUCAAAUGCUGGAUGCAGGAUGAUGGGAGCCCCCAAAAGGGCAUCUGUCCAAGUGUUCCAUCCAGACAUGUCUAGUCUGCAAAUUAAACCAUUUUUUCCUGGGAACUCUAUGGGCCUGGGUUAAUUAAGUAAUAAGAUAUCCUGCCUCCUCCCCAGGUAAAUUAUGUCAGUGGACAGAAGGCAGCAAACUCAAGUGUGAAACACCCCUAACUCCAGAUCUGGAGACGGCAUCAACAAGGGAGAUGAGUUGAUAAAAUAGCUUUGUCCUGAGCUCAGGACCAGAAUCCUGGCAUCUGUGUCUGCCAGAUGAUGUGUCUUCUUUAGACAGAGCUAGAACUCUGAAACACUCCCCAUUCUUCCUUGUUCUAGCUGCUGUGUAGAUACUUCCCCACCCAUUACCACAUCUCCCCCUACCCCGCUUCACUCUGCACUGUGACACUAGCUCACUCUUGUGUAGCAUUUUAUGGUUUACAACAUGUUUUCUUCACACCACUGUGAAGAUAGGCAGUAGGAGUUUCACCGUCUCCAUUUUACAGGUACAGAAACUGAGGCUCAAAGAAGGGCUGAGGCUAUCCAUCUAGUAAAUGCUUGACCUGAGAUUCCAACUUUGGUUGCCUGAUUCUGAAGUCAAGGCUCUCCCACUCUACCUUGUGGCCUUCCAGGAUUUGAGGUGUUCUUUCACUGAUUAUACAUCUUGUUGGGGAAGGGAGGGCUGGGCUGCUCCCUGAUGCACUAUACGAUAAGCACCUUCAUCUCAUCUAUAAUAUCUCCAAGUCCAACUUCGGUUCUUCCUGGAGGUGGUUCCUAGUAACAACAAAUCCCAAGCCUGGCGUUUAAACCCUUUACAGGAACACUGGAUUUGGGAUCCAAGAAUCUGGGAACCAUCCCAACCCUAGUACUCACUAUCUGUAGGGCCUUAGACAAGUCACUUCCACUCUCUGAGGCUUAAUUUCCUUUUACGUAAUGUGAGGUGGUUGGCCUGGAUAGUUCUAUGAGCAGCAUCUUGUCCCUGAAGCCCAUAACCCUCUAUCUGCUGGAUACAAGAUGGCACCCUCUUGUCUGUUAUUGAGCUCACUCCUCUUGUGAGCUAAGAGAAGCCGUGAGACAGGGAUUGUGAUCAUGCCUAGUGCUCAGAUGUGUUAGGAACAGGCCAGCUUGGUCUCUGUAAAAGGACUGGGUGCCGUAUAGCCCAACUUAUCUUGAGCUGGUGCCUCUGGAGGGAUUGUGACCAAAAGAGAAUGUGAUGGUUAUAUGGAAAGAGGAAGACCUGGAUUCAAAGUCAGGCCUCAGGCCAUUUACCAGCUUUUCAACCCUACCCAAGAGAUUUCAUUUGUCUAAGCCUCAGUGCCUUCAUCUGUAAAAUGGGAAUCACAAUAGCAACCUCCCUCACAGGGAUGUUAUAAGGUUCAAAUGAGAGAACCCCAGUAAAGACUGUGCAAACCUUGAAUUUCUUUAGAGACGGGAGCUGCUCUUAUGAGGGGGAAGGUACAACGGUUCUAUGCCAACAAUGCUGGAUGCGGCAGCCUCAGGAUGCUCCCUCCUUUCCACAAAUUUCGUACGAGAACAAAAUCCCAGGCAGAAGCCAAACAUGCAGAAUGUCUGAUGUUAGCUCAGAAACGCCAGCCUCUUAAGGAAGCUGGGUAGUGUUUCCCUCAACACCCCACAAAGGAAAGGAGUGAAGGCUUCCAGCUGGGCCUUGGGCAUCCCAUCCCACCCACUCCCCUCAGCCACAUUCUCCAGAGUUGUUACAGAACCUGCCAGGUGUUAGCUCUUGAGAUCAACCCUAGGCCAGGGAUAGGGAACCUGCUCUGGGCCCCCUCUUCUGUCCAUCACAAAUGCAAACACUCAUUGUUCUCUGAUCCCCUUGGUUCUGAUCUACGUGUUCUGGGUUGGUGACUGGAAGUCAGGAAGAUCUGGGUUUAGUCCUGGCUCGGAUGCUUACUAGUUGUGUGACUGUGGACCUAAGCACCCCGAGCCUCAGUUUCCUCAUCUGUAAGAUGGAGAGAUAUCACCUAUCAUACCUGCCUCAGAGGAGUGUUAAUGGGAUCAAAUGAGGAUGUUCAUGUAACAUGCUUUGCAGACCUCUAAAUUCUCUAUAAAAAUUAGUUCUUAGUAUUUUCGAAAGGGGCUUUGGAGUGGAAAUAAUUCUAAUGUGGAAGCCUAUCUAGUCCCCCUCCCCCCCCACCUUGUUCUAGAUUAGGAAGAAAGCAUAGUGUAGGGGACAGUGUGUCAGGUAUGGAUUCAAGAAGACCUGGUUCAAAUCCUGCAUCAGACACUAAUCUGGACAAGUCACUUUGCCUUCAGGUUCGGUAAGCAACUCUCAAAGACCACAAGAUGCAGGGAAGAUGACAUCUUGCAUUGAUAAAGGAAUUUCCUCCUCUGGGAGUUUACUUUGUCAUUGAAGUUAUGGGUCCUAUCUAUCCCUGUCCCUUUAUUGAUUGAAAGAGUGGGAUAGAGGGCACAAGAGAAAUCAGAUGGUGGUGGUGGUGAUGAUGAUGAUGAUGAUGAUGGGGAAGGCUUGGUUCCAUUGUCCUCAUCACCUUUGAUCUCCAUAGAGCUCUUGUGAGAUAGGAAGGGCAAGUAGUAGUGUCCCCAUUUUACAGAGAAGGAAACUGAGGCACAGAAAAGCUAUUUGUUCAGAUGUACACAGUUAAGUGGCAAAGCUGGGAUGUAACCUCAAGUCCUCUGGUUCUUGAAUCCAUUGGUCUCCUCAUUGAGAUACACUGCCUCUGUGUGUUGGGGGGGAGAGGCAGGAUUUUUACCAAUUUGUUUUAGGUUUUAUGUUUAGUAAAUAAACAACCUAACCCAAUCCCCAAUUUAUUUUUAGUUGAAAAUUGUAGGGCUUACUCUGGGAGGGAGAUGAGUUCUUGACUUUUUAAAUGCCCUUUCCAAAUAUACCCCAAAUUGGCAUUUUUGUCCUGUUAUAAAAAACCCAAUGCCACAGUUCUUUGUGGGUGUGCAGUAAUCCUAUAACCAUGUCCCCAGGAUAUUUGAGAGGCCCACUCAGUGACAUUGAACAGUGGAGUCAUUGUCACCCGGUUUCUGGGCUCUUUUGUGAUGGCAUCCCCCUCAGCAAGAGAGGGAGUAGAAAGCCUUGACUCAGCAGUCCUGGGGCCAGCCCAAGGCGUCUGGCCUGGGGAAAAGUGGCUUCAAAUAACACUGACCCUGGGCUGGCCUGGGAGUCAGGAGACUGGACUGUGCCGGCCCUGGCCCCAGCUUCACUGUGGAUGCAGCAUUGCACUCCUGGAAGAGGGCUUAGGGACCAUCUAGUCCACUUUUUACCUGAACCCUGACUUUUUCCUCAAACAUCCCUAAUACAAGUUUAUCCUGCCUCUGCUCAAAGCCCUCCAGGAAUGUAGAAGCUGCCACCACCUCCCACAGCAGCCUGUUUUCACUUGGGGACAGGUGGAAAUUUCUUAGAAAGUUUUUCUUAUAUUGGAUUGCAAUCUGCCUCUCUGCAGUUUCCAUCCUUUCUUCAAGCAAUGACUGAGGCCAAAAAGAGCCAAUCUAAGGAUGGCAUGGUUAAAAAAAAAAAAAA